GUGAACUUUCUGUGGAAGGCAUACAAGACCCAUUCCUAGUUAGUGUACAUAUUAUCACAGACCCAGGUGAAUCCAAGACUCUUCAGCAAGCCGUCGAUAAGCUUCUAGCCUGGAUCCAUCCAGACCUCCAGCUGUUUCGAGUCUCAGAAAGACGAGUGCCCAAGAAGCGCAGGAAGCCAGGUAAGGCUGGUGUUUCCCAGCCAGCCCUUGCCGUCAUUCUGUUUCUGCAGGAGGAAUAUGGAGAAGAACCAAUCUUGCAGCUCCACGAAACCUUUCAGCGGCCGCCUUGGCGCUACCACCACACAGAGCGAGUGCAUGGGAAGUUCCUCCCUUACAUGCCGUGCAGCCAGGACUUUUACUCUUUGGCUCCGGAGACUCCUCUGUGGGCCAUUCGCCCAGUGCACUAUGGGAAAGAAAUUAUCCGCUUCACUAUAUACUGCAGGAGUGAAAACUUUGUGGACAUUUUGAAAUUGUACGAGUUGAUACUGAAAAGACCGGUAUGCCAGAAAAAAGCGGACUUCUGUGUUUUCCCUGUCUAUUCUAACAUGGACAUAGACAUCCAGUUUUCUUUAAAAAAACUUCCAAAGGGCCAGGUGCCAAUGCCGACAGGGUCAGCGGUGCUGGAGUUCAGAGUAAAAGAUGUGGGGCAGCUUGUGCCUCUCUUGCCCAACCCUUGCAGCCCCAUCAGUGAAGGCAGGUGGCAGACAGAAGACCACGAUGGAAAUAGGAUCCUUUUGCAGCAAUCACGCAGUUGGUGUAGGAAGUCUGCAAAGCAGAACAAGCAACCAUACCCAUCUGUGUCAGCAGAUUCCCGCUUCACCACUCUGCCAGCCUUUCUUCCUCCGAGCCACCGAUCUGUCCCUGAACAACCAAAAGAAAUAGGUCAAAACAAGGUACAUCACGCAAAUGGCCUUGGUCAUCAUCUUGGUCUCUCCCAGCAGGACUUGAGACACAGUGAUCAAGGAGACUUCACACGCAGAUCCAGCAGUGCCUCCAGCAUCUCAUGGUCAUUUCAGCGAAGCAAGUCUCUCUUCUGCUUGCCCACAGUGACCUGCUCCUCAGCUGCAGAGACUUUUCAUUUCAGUGAACCAUUUCAGUUUUUAAAUACUGGGUCACCUGCAACCAGGUUAAAAACAUGGAAAUGCAGCCCCAGGCUUAACAUUGACGACUUGGAGGGUGCCCAGGAGACUGAUGUAGACACAGGGAUGAAGCUGUCCCUCUCAGACCUGUCUGUCGUCUCUGCAUACUCUGCCCUUAAUGGAUUUUGCAAUGACUUGGAAGCCUCUCUUUCCCCACAGAAGCAAACUGUUGGUAAGAAUAAACAGGCAGCCACCAGCGGAAGGCCUGUAUCAGCCAUGUGCAAUACCUUUGAGUCAGUUGAUGGUUCACUGCCUUCUCUCUCUGGAUGGUCUUCCAGCUCAUUCACCUCGGCAUCUCUCCCCAAGCAGCCCAAAGAAUCCUCAAGAGCAGCUCCUUGUUCUCCAGAUGAUUGUGGUAGUGUUUGCCCAGCUUCACCAGCUAACGAAGAAGAAUUUUACAUCUGA